AUGUCGCAAUCAGAGAUCCUCGCACAGUAUGCAGCUCACCCGUUUGACACGGACGAAGGUUAUCAGCAAGGUCUUUCUACGAUUCUGUCGAGCGGCGCACUAGACCAACUCCCUGACGAGGAAAAGGCCCACAUGCUGAGACGAACAAGAGUAUUCUACUUCAACCAAGUGACAGGCUCGUAUCUAUCCGAAGAGGACGCUCGAAGAACGGAGCAAAGCGUCAGUUCUCCAGCCGAGCCGCCGGCUGAAGAACCCCGCGCCCUGUCCUUUGCAGAGCUACAAGAGCUCAUCACACUAGGUAAGACUGACCAGAUCCCGAAUAACAAGCAAAUACCCGACGUCCUCAGCGAAGCAGCGCCUAGUGUAUCGGUUGAGCAACCCCGGAAGAAGCCAUGGGAGAAAUAG